UUUAUUCCAAUAUCGCAAUAAAAACCAGAUAUAAGAUGGGAGAUCAAACACUGCCUUGAAGGAAAGCAACUCCGAGAGUCUCGACUGUUCUCAGAUCUAAACGACAACGUUUCCAGAUCCACAAUGGCUUCUACAUUCAGCGGCGAUGAAACGGCUCCGUUCUUCGGCUUUCUCGGCGCCGCCGCCGCUCUUGUCUUCUCUUGUAUGGGAGCUGCAUAUGGGACCGCUAAGAGCGGUGUCGGUGUGGCAUCUAUGGGUGUGAUGAGGCCAGAAUUGGUGAUGAAAUCGAUUGUACCCGUUGUUAUGGCUGGUGUUUUGGGUAUUUACGGGUUGAUUAUUGCUGUCAUUAUUAGUACCGGGAUCAAUCCUAAGGCAAAAUCGUAUUACCUUUUCGAUGGUUACGCCCAUCUUUCAUCUGGUCUUGCUUGUGGCCUUGCUGGUCUUUCUGCUGGAAUGGCUAUUGGAAUUGUUGGUGAUGCUGGUGUCAGAGCUAAUGCACAACAACCAAAACUUUUUGUUGGAAUGAUACUUAUCCUCAUCUUUGCCGAAGCUUUGGCUCUUUACGGCCUUAUUGUCGGCAUCAUCUUGUCUUCCCGGGCUGGCCAAUCUAGAGCAGAAUAAGAUACUGGUGGAAUUGGUUAGUAUUCUUUUAUUUGCUUAUAUUGGUAUAGUACCAUAUGAAAAAAGAGUAUUCAAUCGUUCUCGGGUUAGUUCCGAUUUAAGCAGCAAAUCCAGGGUUGGUACUAUUAGUAUUUAAUGAAAAGCAACUACUUUUGAGGGUUCAUUUAGUGGUUGCUCUUUUCACUUUGUAGAAGUAGAAAUGAGUUUCUAUGAAUAAAUUGACAAGAACCUUUUUAUCCCUGUUUGAAUGUUAUUUUCAUCAGUCUAUCUUUGCUUCUGAAA